AGUUGUAGCGUUUUUCUUGGUAGAUAUUCUCUGUCAAAUUGAGAAAGAUCUUUAUUCCUAGUUUUGUGAGGGUUUUUGUUGUUGUUAAUUGUGAAUGGGGUUGGAUUUUGUCAGAUUUUUUUUCUAGGCCAGAUGUGGCUCACACCUGUAAUCACUUUGGGAGGCUGAGGCAGGAGGAUAGCUUUAGCCCAGGAGUUCAGGACCAGCCUGGGCAACAUAGUGAGACCCCAUCUCUACAAAAAAUUAAAAAACAAAAUAGCUGGGCGUGGUGACACAUGCCUGUAGUCUCAGCUACUGAGGAGGCUGAAGUGAAAGGAUUGCUUGAGCCUGGGAGGUCGAGGCUGCCAUGAGCCAUGUUUGCACCACUGCACUCCAGCCUGGGUGACAGAGCGAGACCCUGUCCCAAAAAAGAAAAAAAGUUUUUUCUGCAUCUAUCUAUGCUUUUUCUUCUUUAGUCAUUUGAUACGAUGGAACUGAUUCAAGUAUUGAACCAGCCUUACAUACCAGGAAUAAAUCCCACUCGGCUGUGGUGUACACUUGUUUUUAUACAUUGUGGUAUUUUAUUUUCUAGUAUUUUGUUGAGGAUUUUUGUAUCUAUAUUUAUGAGAUAAUUUGUCUAUAGUUUUCUAGGGUUUCUGUCUGGUUUUGGUAUUAGAGCGAUGCUGUCUUUAUAGACUGAGUUAGGAUUCUCUCUGCCUUUAUCUUCUGAAAAAUAUUGUAGAGGGAAAAAAAGAUAGGUGUGAUUUUUCCUUAAAUGUUUGGUAGACUUCACCAGUGAGUGAACUCAUCUUGGCCUGGUGCUUUCUGGUUUGGAUGAGUCUUAAUUUUUGAUUCAGUUUAGGCUUAUUAGAGUGUCUGUUUCUUUUUGUUCAGUUUUGGCAGAUUGUGUCUUUCAGGGAUUUGGUCUGUUUCAUCUAGGUCAUGAAAUGUGUGGAUAUAGAAUUGUUCAUAGUAUGAUGUUCCUUUAUUGUCCUUUUUUCUUUUUUUUUUUUUUAAUAGAGUCUCACUCUGUCACCCAGGCUGGAGUGUAGUGGCGUGAUCACGGCUCACUGCAACCUCUGCCUCCCAGGUUCAAGCGAUUCUCCUGCCUCAGCCUCCUGAGUAGCUGGGAGUACAGAUAUGUGCCACUAUGCCCGGCUAAUUUUUGUGUUUUUAGUAGAGACAGGGUUUCACAAUAUUGGCCAGGCUGGUCUGGAACUCCUGACCUCAAGUGAUCCACCCACCUCAGCCUCCCAAAGUGCUGGGAUUAGAGGCGUGAGCCACAGUGCCCAGCCUCUAUUACUAUUUUGAACAGACUAGGUCAACUAAGAAUAAGAAAAAUAGCUAGGCAUGGCCAGGCGUGGUGGCUCAGGCCUGUAAUCCCAGCACUUUGGGAGGCCGAGGCGGGUGAAUCACGAGGUCAGAUGUUCAAGACCAGCCUGACCAACAUGGUGAAACCCUGUCGCUAUUAAAAACACAAAAGUUAGCGCCGGGCAUGGUGGCACACACCUGUAAUCCCAGCUGCUCAAGAGGCUGAGGCGGGCGGGUCAUUUGAGAUCAGGAGUUCGAGACCAGCCUGGCCAACAUGGUGAAACCAGGUCUCUACUACAAAUACAAAAAUUAGUCGGGCAUGGUGGUGCGUGCCUGUAGUCCUGGCUACUCGGGAGGCUGAGGUAUGAGAAUCGCUUGAACCCAGGAGGCGGGGGUUGCAGUGAGCCAAGAUCAUGCCACUGCACUCCAGCCUGGACAACAGAGUAAGACCCUGUCUCAAAAAAAAAAAAAAAGUGUGUCUGUGUUUCUGACCUGUAUUUUCCUUUUCUGCCUAGUUAAGGCAAGUUUACUUGUAAUAGCAAUAAAUUAUCUUAGUUUUUGUUUGAGAAAGACUUUCUUCACUUUUGAAGGAUAAUUUUGCAGGGUACAGAAUUCUGUUUUGAUGAUUUUUUUUUUCUCUAAACACCUUAACUGUUUCACUCCAUUUUCUUGCUUGUGUGGUUUCUGUAGGUAAGGUAUUUUUUUUUUCCCCUCUGGCUUAUCUUUGAUUUUUUGUGUUUUAAAAAUGAUAUGCCUGCGUGCAGGUUUUUUGGCAUUUAUCUUCUUGGUAUUCUCGGAUUUUCCUCCAUCUGUGAUUUGGUGUCUGACAUUACUUCAGCGAAAUUUUCAGUAAUUAUUGUUUCAUAUAUAGAUGCUCCUUGACUUAAUGAUGUGGUUACAUCCUGAUAAACUCAUCAUAAACUGAAAAUCUCUUUCUCAGAAGUGCAUUUUCGACUUACAAUAUGUUCAACUUAUAAUAGGUUUAUCCAGAUGGAGCCUCAUCAUAAAUUGGGGAACAUACUGAAUGUGUAUUGCUUCUGCACCAUUGUAAAAUUGAAAAAUACUAAGUCAAACCACUGUGCAUCAGGCACCGGCUGUCUUUCUUCUGUUCUUUUCCUUUCCUUUGGGUAUUUCCAUUGUGCAUAUCUACACCUUUUAUGGCUGUCCACAGUUCUUGGAUAUUCUGUUCUUUUUUUUUUUUUCCCCAGUGUUCUCUUUGCUUGGAGGUUUCUGUUGAUACAUCCUUAAGUUCAAAGAUUUUUUUUCCUCAAUCUCGUGCAGUCUACAUAAUACAUAAGCCCAUCAAAGGCAUUUUUCACUUCUGUAUUGUGUUUUUGAUCACUAGUAUUUCUUUUUUUUUUUUUUUUUUUUGUGAUGGAGUCUCACUUUCUUGCCCAGGCUGGAGUGCAAUGGUGCGAUCUGGGCUCACUGCAGCCUCCGCUUCCUGGGUUCAAGCCAUUCUUGUGCCUCAGCCUCCUGAGUAGCUGGGACUACAGGUGCGCACCACCGUGCCUGGCUAAUUUUUAUAUUUUUAGUAGAGACAGAGUUUCACUAUGUUGGCUAGGCUGGUUUUGAACUCCUGACGACAAGUGAUCUACCCACCUCAGCCUCUCAAAGUGCUGGGAUUACAGGUGUGAGCCACUACGCCUGGCCUGCCCAUCUGUUUUUGCAUGCUGCCUACUUUAUUCACUAGAGCCCAUAACAUAUUAUUCAUGGUUGUUUUAAGUUUUGUCUGAUACCUUCAACAUCCCUGUCAUGUCUGGUUCUGAUGCUUGGCCUGUCUGUGUAUUUUUUUUUUUUUUUUUUUUUUGAGACGGAGUCCAGGCUGGAGUGCAGUGGUGUGAUCUUGGCUCACUGCAACCUCCUCCUCUUGGGUUCAAGUGAUUCUUCUGCCUCAGCCUCCCGAGUAGCUGGGACUACAGGUGCACGCCACCAUGCCUGGCUGAUUUUUGUAUUUUUAGUAAAGAUGGGGUUUCACCAUACUGGCCAGGCUGAUCUCGAACUCCUGACCUCAGGUGAUCCGCCCACCUUGGCCUCCCAAAGUGCUGGGAUUACAGGUGUGAGCCACCGCGCGUGGUUGCCCUGUCUGUGUUUUUUUUGCCUUUUAGUAUUGCCUUGUCCCUUUACGUUCAUAGCUAGACAUGAUGUACUGAGUAAAAAGAAUUACUUUUAAUAGUACUUUACUAAUGUGGUGGUGAGAUGUCAGGAAAGGGUGAGCAUUCUGUAGGCCCCUGAUUAGGUCUGUCUCUUUGUGAGCCUGUUCUCCUGGACUCCGAACCUCACAAGUAUUUCUGAGGCCAUCCCCACCCCAUCCCUUAGAUGGGACAGGAUGGAAUCUGGUAUAUCUCUCUUCCCUCAGGUUAGUUAAGCUCUGACAAAACCUCAGUAUAUUAGGCUCUGGGAACCUGGUUGAGCUCCUGAAAGUAAAACUCAGAAAAGCUUGGGACCUUGUCUCCCUCCACUCCCACCAUGACUGGGUCCCCCUGGACUUUUUAACUUCAGACAUGUACACACCUAGCCUCUAGCAAUUUGUCAGUUGCAGUUCAGGUAUUUCUGUCCUGACACUUUCUCACAGAGAUUUGUGCUCUGGUAACUACUGUGUUUUUGCCUGUCUCUAAUUUUGGGGACAGUGGUUUGCCUUGUAUCUUCACUUCUCUUUCAGAUCUAAGAAGAGUUGUUGAUUUUUCAGUUUGUUAAACUUUUUACUUGUUAGGACAGAGUGGCUACUUCCAAACUCUUUACAUGCAGAACUGGAACUAUUAAUUUUUGAUGAUACAGUUGAGUCUCUUAGAACACAAUUCAGUCUCUUAUAAUCACAUACCCAUCCCAAUCCCGUCUCUCUCCUCGGAGGUAAGCAGUUUGAUAGAUAUUCUUCUAGGUCUUUCCCCGUACAUUUUAAAUGCAUAUGUUUAUAUCCUUAAAAUGUUUGUGUUGGCUUAUUUUUGUGAAGCUGUAUGAUAUUCUGUUGUAUGAACAUUUCAUAAUUUGUCUGUUGUAGUCAUCUGUUAUCGUCAACAUCAGUGUUUAGGUUGUUUUCAGUUACUGGCUAUUUUAGAUGACACGACUGUGAACAUUUUUGUAUAUUUCUUUUGGUAGACAUCAACUAUCAUUUCUGUUAGGCACAUACCUGGAUUUUUCAACCUCAAUUGACAUUUUGGACGGAAUAAUUCUUUGUUGUGGAGGAACGUCCCGUGCAUUGUGGGUUGCUGAGCAGCAUUCCUGGCCCCGACCUGUGUAGGUGCCAGUAGCACUGCCCCACUAUGACAACCAUAAAUGGCUCCAGACACUGUCAAAUGCCCCUGGGGUGCAAAAUCUCCCUCCUACCCAUUGAGAACCACUGGGCACAUACUUACGAAUGAUACUGUUGAGUCAUUGUAUACAUAUAUUUAAAUUUAGUACAUACUCUCAGUUUUCCAAAGUGGCAAAAUGACUUCACAUUCCCAGUACCAGGAAUUGAGAGCUGCAUUUGCUAUACAUCCCUGUUUAUUUUCAUGGAAAAGAGGUUUUCCACUUUUCAAAAAACUGCACCACCGUAGUUGAUGUGGGUGUGUUGUGUAGGCGUUAGUGGUAUUGCCCUCACCAUGCGCUCACUGGACAGUAGCACAAUCCCACGAGAAGGAUGGUUUGCUCCACAUCCUUAACAGACUUGUAUUGGCCAUUGUCCCGUUGAUGCUCAUUUCAGGGAUCAGUUGUUUGUUUCUAAAUGUCUCCUUGUUUUUUUUUUUUUAAUUCCAGUUCUUUUAUUCACUGUAUACAACUUCUCUGUAUUUUAAAUAUUUAUAUAGUUAUAUAUUAUGAUAGUUAUUUGUAAUAUUACUUGUUUGCUAACAUCGUCUGGAUCAUCUGUGCAUCUUUAUCAAUUAUCUGCCUAUUCUUUUUGUCAGUCAUAUUUUCCUGCCUCAUGUCUCAAAGUUUUUAAUUUUUUGCUGACAUUGUUUUAAAAGGAAUAACCACAGAGACUGAAGUUUACUGUUGUGGUUUUUUUUGAGACAGUCUUGCUCUGUCGCCCAGGCUGGAGUGCAGUGGCGCAAUCUUGGCUCACUGCAACCUCCGCCUGCUGGGUUCAAGCAAUUCUUCUGCCUCAGCCUCCCCAGUAGCUGGGAUUACAGGUGCCCACCACCAUGCCUGGCUAAUUUUUGUAUAUUUAGUAGAGACGGGAUUUCACCAUGUUGGUCAGGCUGGUCUCAAACUCCUGACCUCAGGUGAUCCACCCACCUUGGCCUCCCAAAGUGCUGGGAUUACAGGCGUGAGCCACCAUGCCUGGCCUUACUGUUGUUUUAUAUCAGAGGUUAUUUCCCCUUUUCUCUGUCAUGCAGUAGGGGAAUCGCUGAUCACCUCAAUCAAAACAGGAAUUGAGCUGUUUAGGGGCUGUACUCUGUUACCUGUGGCUUCGGGUUUCUGGAUGGUGUAUUUAUUGCAGGCUCCUCUCUACUGGUACUUUGUUUCUGGAGCACCUUGAGGCUGUGGGAGACUCAGUCUGCCAUUCCAGCCCAGCCUGCAGCUUCUUGCACUGACCAGCACUCAACAGAUGUCCCAUGGGGAAAACUCACUGUCCACUGGAGCACAUCAAAACCUUCACUGGUUUCUCUUUUCCCUAGAAUAGUCCUCUGUCUGGGCCGAACCCUUCCUUCACUGUUCUCAAGCUGAGCAAAUGGCCCAGCGAGGUAACAGCCAGCAAUUUUAGCUCACCCAAGAGGAGCUCUUUUCUCUCUGCAGUUUUAGUUUAUUUAGUCCUCCUUGCUUCCACAGGUCUCUGGUGUUUUAGAAAGAUAAGAGUAUUUAAAAUUUUCUAGUUUUAGCAGUAGUAGUCCAAGCAUAUGAUUUUAUUUUACAUUAAUGAGAGUUAGAAUUAUUAGAUGAAAUAAAAUGAAAAACUUUCAUGGUAUUUUCAUUGAGAAUUUAUCAAAUUUGUAAAUUAAUUUGUGGAAAAUUAGUAUCUUUGCCAUGUAAGUCUACUCAUCAUAAACAUGGCAUGUUGCUUCAAUCUCUUCUGUACUUACAUAUUUUAUCAUGUGUAUUUUUUGUUAGGUUUUCCUGCGUUUUAAAGCUUUUUAUUCCUAAGUACUUUCUAGAUUUGUUACUAUGAUCAUAUAGGCAUUUUCUUACUAUAUUUUCUGGUUGGUGACUGCUAAUGUACCAAAAAGCUAUUCCUUAUUGAUUUGUUUAAAACUGCUACCCUGUUGACUUUUCUUACUGGUUCUCAUGGUUUUUUGUUUUGUUUUGUUUUUGUUUUUGUUUUUUUUUCCUUAGAAAGAAACAUUUAAUAGGGACUUACGAACAGAAGCCAUGUCUGUGUCUCAGGCAGUGGCAAGACAAGAUGGUGGAUCCCUGCACCAUUACCCCCAGACCCAGAGCUUCUAGACCAUAGGGAAGAGUGGUUCAGAAGGGAUGUGUAGGACAGUUGAAGUACAGUUACAUCAAGGUUGUUUGACCUAAGGGUAGGAUUUAUGGUAAGUACCUGGUCUAACACAAGGAACAAUAGAUGAACUAGAAAUCUUAGAGGCCUUCCCAGAGCAGGGGCUAAUCAGAAGCCCACACGGUAGAUGAGCUUCCAAGAUGGAGUCCAGAACAGAUGUUAAUCAGAAGCCCACAUGGCCGAUGAGCUUCCAAGAUGGAGUUGCUUUGGCCUUCACACUUCACCUCCCAGUCCAGCUUUUCUAUCUUCUGCGCCCUCCUCUGAACCUUAGGGAGGGUGCUUGAUAUUGCAUAGCUUUAGCAGCAGUGCAGUGGAAAACAGAUUAGGCCAAGGAGGAUUCCAAAUUAAGGAGAUUCACAGGGUUGUUGAAUCAUUUCUAGUCUUCAGAAUACUAUGACUUUGGUUGUCUCAGAUGAAGUAAAAUAAUGAGAGACACAUAACAAUAAUUUGAAUAAUAGAAAUAGAAUGCAUGCAAGGAUUACAAACGAAAGAGAACUUUUGAUUGUGCCAGAACAACAGCAGCAGAUAACCUGUUCCGUUAAUGGGCCAACUAAAAGUAUCAUGAAGAAAACGAAAACCUGGUUCCUUUUUAGGGACUUCUUGUAGCCAGGAAAUAAUUCAGAGUUAGCUCAAAUUAUAGGUGAAUAAUAAAAACUCAGAACAGCAAUCAGAAUCUAUAAUUUUCUCUCUCCGGUUUCCCUAUUUCUACCAAGAAUAAAUCAUAGCAGGACCAAUUUAUUUGCAAAUAAAUUUUGAUCUCAUUAUACUUGGCCUGGUUAUUUGCAUAAAGAAUAGCAAGAAUAGUGACCAGCCAUGUAGGCUUCUUUUAAGUUGACUUUGCUGGAGCUUUUUUUUUUUUUUCUUUUUUCUUUUUGAGACAGAGUCUUGCUCUGUCGCCCAGGCUGGAGUGCAGUGGUGUGAUCUUGGCUCACUGCAACCUUCGCCUCCUGGGUUCAAGCGAUUAUCCUGCCUCAGCCUCCUGAGUAGCUGGGAUUACAGGUGUGUGCCAGCACGCCUGGCUAAUUUUUGUAUUUUUAGUAGACAUAGGGUUUCACCAUGUUGGUCAGGCUGGUCUCAAACUCCUGACCUCAUGAUCUGCCCGCCUUGGCCUCCCAAAGUGCUGGGAUUACAGGCGUAAGCCACCACUCUCGGCCUUUCUGGAACUUUUUUAAGGAAUUUUGGAUUCAACUUUUUAAAAGCUUAGAAGGCCAGAAGCCAAGCCAAGGAUUUGCUGCUCGACUGUGCUUGUAACACCUGUAUGAAUUCCUGUCUUCUCGAGAUCCCAAAAUACCAUGAGGUUCCUGAGCCUGUUAGAAAGUGGCAUUCUUUACUUGCCACAGAUCAGGAAUCUUUAAGGUGGACAAAGUACCAGGCCAGUCUUUCCAAGGGGCUUUUUAUCAGCUCUAUGAAUCCAACCUAAAUUUCUCAAAGCAGCCUGGUUAUAUCUGAAAAUAUGCCAUUCCAUUUGAGGCCUUGAUAAAAUAACCAAUCUCUCCAAUUGUGUCCUUUUUACAAAAGAAAACAGAUUCUUGCUGAACUUAUGCAAAUAACUCUAUUGCCAUAAAAUUAGAAUACUCAUGAAUAGUUUCCAAAUUUUGGAGAAAUCAGGUAGAGAGAAAGGUAAAUUUUGCUCACAAAAACAUACUUUACCCAAUUGCUCUAAGCUAUAAAUAACUCAGAAAGAUUCUUGACCCUUCUUUAAUCAGAGCAGCAGUCUUCCAAACAGGAUGUCAUUUGUUCACCUUGGAACUGCCAUCCACAAAUCAAGCAGCUCUUUGUCAGUCAGGUGAGAGCUGUUUAUGAGGGACUGUCGAAUCCAACAGCUGUUUACACAGUUCCAGAGUCAGUGGAACAGAAGCCAUGUCUGUGUCUCGGGCAGCUGCAAGACAAGAUGGUGGAUCUCUACCAGUUCUCAUUUUAUCUCAGCUGAUUCUCUUAGUUUUUUUGUAUGUUUGUUUAUUUGUUUGAGAUGGAGUUUCGCUCUUUGUUGCCCAGGCUGGAGUGCAGUGGCACGAUCUUGGCUCAUUGCCAACCUCCGCCUCCCGGGUUCAAGUGAUUCUCCUGCCUCAGCCUCCUGAGUAGCUGGGAUACAGGCGCCCGCCACCACACCUGGCUGAUUUUUUGUGUGUUUUUAGUAGAGAUGGGGUUUCACCGUGUUAGUCAGGAUGGCCUCUGUCUCUUGACUUCAUUAUUUGCCUGCCUCAGCCUCCCAAAGUGCUGGGAUUACAGGCGUGAGCCACCGCGCCCGGCCUCGUGUGUUUUUAAAGAAAAUGAUUUUAGUGGUUUACAUAAAAUAUGAUAUUUUCUAUAGGUUUAGGGAAGAAACACUUUAUUGUGUCAAGGAAAUUCCUUUUAGUUUGCUUUAAAUUCUGAGUUUUGAAAGUGUUGAAAUUUUUUUUUUUUUUUUUUUUUGAGGGGGAGUCUCACCCUUGUUGCCCAGGCUGGAGUGCAAUUGCGUGAUCUCAGCUCACUACAACCUCCACCUCCUGGGUUGAAGUGAUUCUCCUGCCUCAGCCUCCCAUCACCCUGCCCGGUUAAUUUUUUUGUAUUUAGUAGAGACAGGGUUUCACCAUGUUGGUCAGGCUGGUCUCAAACUCCUGACCUCAAAUGAUCUGCCUGCCUCAGCUUCUGAAAGUGCUGGGAUUCCAGGUGUGAGCCACUGCGCCUGGCCUCCUAGGUUCUCUUUUUGUGUGUCACCAGUAUUAUGCCUUUACCCCAUUUUCCCCAUAAAUCUUAUGGCUUUUUAUGCAACAUUGCAUGGUGGGAUUUUUUGCAGCAUAUAUGUCCCAUUACAGUAGAACUGUUUAUCAUAAUCUCUUGUGAAAUUUUAAAUCUCUUAGAGUUUUGGGCUGCUUCUUGGUCAUAAAAUUUUCUUUUUAAAUUUUCUUUUGAUCAUGCUAGGUCAAUUCAAAAUUUUAACAGUUAUUUUGUAUUUUAUUUUUAUUCUUUUAUUUAUUUAUUUAUUUAUUUUUGAGUUAGAGUCUUGCUCUGUCACCCAGGCUGGAGUGUAGUGGCACGGUCUUGCUCACUGCAGCCUCCACCUCCUGGGUUCAAGCGAUUUUUCUGCCUCAGCCUCUCAAGUAGCGGGGACUACAGGCGUGCGCCGCCAUACCUGGCUAAUUUUUUUUUUUUUUUGAGACGGAGUCUCGCUCUGUCACCCAGGCUGGAGUGCACUGGCGCGAUCUCGGCUCACUGCAAGCUCCACCUCCAGGGUUCAUGGCAUUCUCCUGCCUCAGCCUCCCGAAUACCUGGGACUACAGGCGCCCGCCACCAAACCCAGCUAAUUUUUUGUAUUUUUAGUAGAGACAGGGUUUCACCAUGUUAGCCAGGAUGGUCUCCAUCUCCUGAUCUUGUGAUCCGCCCACCUUGGCCUCCCGAAGUGCUAGGAUUACAGGUGUGAGCCACUGUGCCCGGCCUAAUUUUUGUAUAUUUAGUAGGACAGGGUUUCACUGUGUUGGCCAGGCUGGUCUUGAACUCCUGACUGCAGGUGAUCCACCCACCUCUGCCUCCCAAAGUGCUGGGAUUACAGGCGUGAGCCACCAUGCCCGGCCUGCUUUUAUUCGUAUCAAGCUUGAAGAAAUAGUAAAAGGCUUUAAAUAAAAUAGACAACAAGCCUCCUGGUCUACCCCGCUGCUCUUGGUCUACCCGCUGUCUGCUCUGCACCUUCCCUCUUCCAUCCUGUGUCCCCAGAAGCAGCCACUUUGGGCUCCGUUUCCUCUUCUGCUAUCGACCUCCAGCUUCUAAUAUAUUCACAUCGAAGUGACUUGUUUCAUGUUUCUUCUCCCUCAGAUUUAAAGUAACCAGCUUGACAAGCGGCCUGAACGUAAUAAGGGCACAGUAGUGGCUUCAUUUUUCUCAUCACAGCCUCAGGCUUCCUCUGUCAGCCCUUUCUUCCCUAGUGGUCGUCGUGAGGAGAGCUGAUGAUGCUCUGAUCACAGCCUUGUUUGUUAUUGACUCUCAGUUACUUUCAGGUAGUGCUGCUGAGAAGGAGCCUGCUAAUGAGCUCAAGUGUCAAGUUUGGGAAUCUUCCGGGUGUUCCUUGGGCCCAGGGAAACAGUGCCCUGCCUGAGGGAUUAUUGUCGUUCAAGGAUAUAUCUAUGGAGUUCACCUGGGAUGAAUGGCAGCUACUGGAUUCUACACAGAAGUACCUAUACAGAGAUGUGAUAUUGGAAAACUAUUAUAACCUGAUAUCAGUGGGGUAUCAUGGUACCAAGCCUGAUUUAAUCUUCAAGUUGGAACAAGGAGAAGAUCCAUGGAUAAUAAAUGCCAAAAUUUCCAGGCAGAGCUGUCCAGAUGGCUGGGAAGGAUGGUACCAGAAUAAUCAAGAUGAGCUUGAAAGUAUUGAAAGAAGCUAUGCUUGUAGUGUGUUGGGAAGACUUAAUCUGAGCAAAACCCAUGAUUCUUCAAGACAGAGACUCUAUAACACACAUGGAAAAAGUUUGACACAAAACUCAGCUCCAAGCAGAAGUUAUUUAACAAAGAAUCCUGAUAAGUUUCAUGGUUAUGAAGAACCGUAUUUUCUUAAGCAUCAAAGAGCUCAUAGUAUAGAAAAAAACUGUGUGUGUAGUGAAUGUGGGAAAGCUUUUCGUUGUAAGUCACAGCUCAUUGUACAUCUCAGAAUUCAUACAGGAGAGAGACCUUAUGAAUGCAAUAAAUGUGAAAGAGCCUUCAGUGCCAAGUCAAACCUUAAUGCUCAUCAGAGAGUUCAUACAGGAGAAAAACCCUACUCAUGUAGUGAGUGCGAGAAGGUCUUCUCUUUCAGGUCACAGCUCAUUGUCCAUCAGGAAAUUCACACAGGAGGGAAACCCUAUGGCUGCAGUGAAUGUGGGAAAGCCUACAGUUGGAAAUCACAGCUUCUUUUACACCAGAGAAGUCACACAGGAGUGAAACCGUAUGAAUGCAGCGAAUGUGGGAAAGCCUUUAGUUUGAAGUCUCCAUUCGUUGUACACCAGAGAACUCAUACAGGAGUGAAACCCCAUAAAUGCAGUGAAUGUGGGAAAGCCUUUAGGAGUAAGUCCUAUCUCCUUGUUCACAUCCGAAUGCAUACAGGAGAAAAACCCUAUCAAUGCAGUGAUUGUGGGAAGGCCUUCAAUAUGAAGACACAACUCAUUGUACAUCAGGGAGUUCACACAGGAAAUAAUCCUUAUCAAUGCGGUGAAUGUGGGAAAGCCUUUGGUAGGAAGGAACAGCUCACUGCACAUCUGAGAGCUCAUGCAGGAGAGAAGCCCUAUGGAUGCAGUGAAUGUGGGAAGGCUUUCAGCAGCAAGUCAUACCUUGUUAUACAUAGGAGAACACACACCGGAGAGAGACCCUAUGAAUGUAGUUUGUGUGAGAGAGCCUUUUGUGGAAAAUCACAGCUGAUUAUACAUCAGAGAACGCAUUCAACUGAGAAGCCCUAUGAAUGCAAUGAAUGUGAAAAAGCCUACCCUAGGAAGGCAUCACUUCAGAUACACCAGAAAACUCAUUCGGGAGAGAAACCUUUUAAAUGUAGUGAAUGUGGAAAAGCCUUCACUCAGAAAUCAUCUCUCAGUGAACAUCAGAGAGUUCACACUGGAGAGAAACCAUGGAAAUGCUCUGAAUGUGGGAAAUCCUUCUGUUGGAAUUCAGGGCUUCGUAUACAUAGGAAGACUCAUAAAUGAGAAAUCAGAAUGAUGCAAUGUGAGAAACUGAUGUUCAGCAGACUUCAGAUAAUAUAGACAGGAUUUACAAGCAGGAGGCCCUAAAACUACACUCAUGUCAAAAAUCAGAGAGGAGAGAGACCAACCAUAUUUGGGAUGAGUGUAAAAGCUUUCAGAAAUAAGUUACAAAUCUUUGUAGAUGAAAAUAAUGGAAGGAAUGCGGAGCAAUAAAUGUAUCAAAUGUUGUAGUAUCAUCAUGAAGAUUCAGAGAAUUUACACUAGGAACACCUUAAAAGUUGAAUAAAUUAAGGAAGCAUUUUCCCAUUGAAAGUGUGUUCCAUGGAAAGUCACAUUCCAGAUUUGAAGCUGUGUUUUUGUAAAAUAAAAUCUUGUGAACAGUUGACUUCAUGGUGGAGUAUAAAGUUGUUUUUUAAAAAAUAUGUAAAUAAUGUUCAGGAAAAACGCAGGGAACGGAUUCUUAAAGUUAAGGGAUAUUUAAUGUGACUUCCCUGAGUUAACACUGAAUAGUAUUUCUAAAAUUUUUCGUACUUUAUUUUUUAAUGUAAGUUGUUCUAUCUAUCUAUAUAUAUAUUUGAUAGUUUGUGGAAUAAUAUCCCCCAGUAUUUUCCAUAUUAAAUGCUAAUUGUCUUUUGAUUUCUUUUUCAUAAGCAGAUCUGGCAUUUAUUACAGGGCUGCCGCUUAAGAGAACUCAUUGUAAUGGACGUUUAUUAUAUUUUGCAGUUCCAUGCCUGUUGUCCAUUGAUUGACAUGAGCAUCCUUGUUUUCUCUGGAGAAAUACCUCUCCUCUCUGGGGUGCUUCCUGUGGUAGUGUCUUUCAGGUAUCCGUUCCACUAGCUGCAGGUGAGCAUUUCACCCAUUGUUGGAUAAUGGUAAUCUCUUUUUCAGAAUUUUGAGUCUGUAAUUCAUUUGCACAUGAACCAGAAAAUGUGGGAACUCAUUCAUUCUUGUCCCAGAAUUCUGUUGAGAACAUCCAUUCAUUCUGGCUAAUUGAUUACAAGAAUAACUGUGGAUACUAUCCCUUUAGAACCUGCUUCUUUGAUCUUCUGUGUGUUUCCUCACUUCUCAAUAAAAAUGUCUUUUGCUUUUU